CUAAGCCUUCACAUUUCAGACUAGCGCUGCCUAUGAGCCAAGAAGAUGCCCUUUCAAGUGGAUGAUAUUAUGAAGCUACUUAUGCACCUUUCUUCACAUAAGAAAAUGAAAGCAGCAGUAAAGCACUCUGGAAGAGGUGCUGUUGUAGCUGGUGCAGCUGCUUUUGUGGGCGGUUUGAUGGGAGGCCCACCUGGAAUAGCCGUAGGAGGAGCCCUGGGAGGAUUACUAGGUGCUUGGAUGGCUAGUGGACAAUUCAAACCGAUCCCUCAGAUUUUAUUGGAAUUACCCCCUGUAGAACAGAUGAAGCUCUGUGACGAUGUGUACAACAUUAUCAGAAGUUUGGACUGGAUAGAUGCAACUCAGCUCAUCAUGUUGGUGAUGGGAAAUACCAGUUUACAGCAGCAGGUGGCAGCAGCGCUCAUAAAUUAUGUGACUAAGGAGUUGCAAGCUGAGAUACAGUAUGGGGAUUAACACUACACAUCCUGGCCUUUUACUACACUAAACUGUUUGUAUCCUAUGGCUGUCAUCGCAGGUUGGAGUAAUUGCCCUGUUUUGAAAAUUAGCCAUCUUUGAAGAUUUUACAAAAACAAAAUAGAAUGCUAUCUAAAUCACAAAUUUACUGACAGUGAAGAGGUGUAACAGCUCUCAUGAUACAUUUAGGCUGUGCCUGAAUUAAUGGCGUGCAGAAAAACCGUACAAUUCUGAGUUAACUUGUGCAGUAAACUACACAACAUUGUGAGUGUUUGAAACAUGAACUUGUCAUCUGAUCGGAUUAAAAAACAACAUAUUCUUAAUAAUA